AUGCCUUCAGCUUCCACCAUGGCAGUGGCCUCGGCCAGUCUCGCAACCUUGGCGUUUGUCUCCCCGACAGUGGCGCCACACACCACUGCUGCGCGGAGCGCCUCCGCCUCUGCAGUUGGGGCUGCCAGCCAGGGCCAGUCGGGCUAUGCUGGGAAGGCAGCCAUGGCAGGAGCAUUGGGUUUGGUGGCCAUGGCCAGCUCGCAGCGGAAGGUGAAGAGCACCCGGGCCGCCCGUGUGGCCAUGAACGCUGCCAAGGUGGACUCGGUGUGCAUCCUGGGAUGCUCCGGGGCUGUUGGCCAGGAGAUGCUGAAGUGUCUGGAGGACCGGGACUUCCCCACGGAGAAGGUGCGGCUCUUUGGGAACCGCUCGGCCGGCAGCACCGUGAGCUCCAAGAAGUUCGGAGACAUCGUGGUGGAAAAGUUCUCUUUGGAAGCUGUGCAGGAGUGCGACAUUUGCCUCAUGGCAGUCUCCGGAGACUUUUCGAAGGAAUGGGCACCCAAGAUUGCAGGCGGCCCCAAGAACACGCAGGUCAUUGACAAUUCCAGUGCCUGGCGCUAUGACGAGGACAAACCCCUGGUGAUCCCAGAGAUCAAUGGCGAGGGGAGGGUGGGCGAGCCGCUCAUCGCAAACCCCAACUGCACCACUGCUGUGGGCGCGAUGGCCUUGUGGCCAAUCCAUCAGAAGUACAAGCUUAAGAAGGUGCUGAUGUCCACCUACCAAGCGGCCAGCGGCGCUGGUGCCGAAGGCAUGGCCGAGUUGGAGAACGGUUUGGCGACCUGGGUGAAGGAUGGCGCGGUGCCCAAGCCCGAGUUCUUCGCGCACCAGCUGCCCUUCAAUGUGAUCCCACAGAUCGACAAGUUCCAAGAGAACGGCUAUACCAAGGAAGAGAUGAAGGUGACUUGGGAGUUGCAGAAGAUCUUCGGCCUCGAUGAUGACGUGAAGGUGGCCUGCACGGCGGUUCGAGUGCCGACCCUGCGAGCUCACUCGGAGUCCAUCACUGUGGAAACCGAGGAGCCCAUCAGCCCUGACGAUGUUCGAGAGCUCUUGAAAUCAGCUCCAGGCGUCAAAGUGGUGGAUGAGCCUGGUUCCUUGAAGUAUCCCAUGCCCUUGAAUGCAACCGGGAACUACGAUGUGGAGGUGGGCCGCAUCCGCCAGUCCAUCGUCUUUGGGGAGAAGGGCAUUGAGUUCUUUGUCUCUGGCGAUCAGCUUUUGCGGGGUGCCGCCUUGAACGCCGUGAUCAUCGCCGAGAAUGCGGUGAAGGCGCACGCCUAG